AUGGUUCACGACCCGUUCGCCAAUUGGUACAGCGCCGAGCUGCUGGACAGCUUGUUCUGUUCCAAAUGUCGGGAGUUUCAUGGUGUUCAUGCACUCUGCACGCCUCUCGAAGCGACUCCUGCAGAUGCCGUGUCAUUUCCCCCUCGGUCGAUCAAAUCGGGCAUCUCGGGCGUCCUAUCGCUCCACGACUACCGCAAGUCCUUGUCGCGAUCCGCCGAGUGCGUGAACGAUUCCGUUGAUCAUCCUUCGGACAAGACCCUCAAGCGCAAGGUUGCAAAGUCCAAUCUGCAUUUUCAUCCAUCUUACCAUCGUCGCUCAUUGUCCCUGGGUGCGGUCUCGACUUCUUCGCGGGCAUCCAGUCCUCCUCCGUUAUCGCCGUCUUAUUCGCACAGCAUCCUCUCCUAUCAAAGUGAGUUCGAUUGUGAACUUUCCGAAGCUUCUGCCAUUUUCAUCCCACCCUCGCAGAGCGCACGGGUCAAUUUCGUCGAGGCGAGGUUGACACGCCCACGGCCAAAUCGAAAACGAUUGAAUACAUUUCGUGAGAAGCUUCAGAGGAACGGUCAGAUCCCAGUCCGAUCUGAGCCCCAAACUCAACGGCAGACACGUUCCCAGACUCCGACCCAAGGUCACUCUUUCUUACAGCCGUGGGAAUCCUGCACCGAAACCGAAUCAAAAUCUCCAAUGUUGGCGUCGUCGCAGGCCGUUGCUACUGUCUCGCACGGGGGAGCGCUGUUUGAGAUUUUGAAUCCCCGCAAGUCGCUUGAUGUGACGCGGAUCGUUUCCUUUAUUGAGGACGUCGACGGCUGUUCCGUCCUUUCUUUUGACUCUCACACCGAGUCCACCCCAUUCUCCGAACCAUAUACGACAGCGGCCAAGGGCUACGACAAUGUCUCUCUCUCCCAGUUCACCGACGCCUCGUUCCCAUCUCAGUAUUCCUCGCCGUCCCUGUACACGACUUCUCCGUCCAUGGGAUGCGCGACCCCAAAACAAUCCAUGAUGGAUGUGCCCUCAUCGUCACCUGGCGUGCAUGAUCACCUUCAUUCGCUGUCCGAGUACUCUAUCCACAAAUCCAAUCAUUGGUCGUCCUUUGAGCAUCCACACGGGUUUGAGUCGGCCCCCGCGUCUCCAAAGAGAGCGCUUGAAUUCGGUCUGAUCGACACCUCCCUCACCCAGAUACAGCAGUUUUCCACGCCUGGACGCGAGGAAGCGCCGGAUCUUCAACUCUCAGAUCCCUCAUUCUCGGCAUCCCCUGCAUCGCCGUCUGGAUUCCAUUGUGGCGAGAGCGAUAUCGGCGAGCCGGGCUCGCCCGUUUAUGCCAAUGGGGAGUGGUCCCAGGUUGAUGAACGUGAUCGCGGAGUCUUGAUGGAUCUACCACCACCUCCGGCCUUUAAUGGUGGCGCUGGCCGUGCUGGCCGUGGUGGUGGAUAUUCGGAGCCUCCCUCACCAUACGACAUUUAUUAUGCCAAUACCAUGUCUCCCUCUUUUCUCCCCUCCACGCCCACCUCGGGCCCUCACUACGACCCGUACGACCCGAUCUUUUUUGAUCCCCACGUUCAGUCUGUCUUGGCGGCUGCCAAUGCGGAAAACAUGGGGCUACGAGGGAAUUCGGCACGAGCUCUGGACGAUCUGCAGCGCAGAUUCGGUAGUUCUGUCUCUCUUGGAGGUCCUGAGUCCGCGUCUGGAGAUGGAUACUCGCACAAGGAGCAUCGCAAAGGCUCCUUUUCACAGCGCAAGAAGUUGAAGAAACUUUUCAGCUGGCGGUCUGGAAAUUGA